AUGUUUUCAAAGACUAAAAGUUUUAAAGUUUGUAAUUUGAAUUCUCGCACGAAUUCAUUCACAAUGCUAGAAGGAAAUGAUCCACAAUCAAGUGAGGAGAUUACUGUGGAGCAAUCAGAUGAGAGUGCACUAAGAAUGGCCUUUGGUGGUGAAUCUUCAACAUCCCUAACUUCAUCUCAAACAAAAAAACAACUCAUAGCAAACAGGAUGGAAGAAAUUAAAAUGACAUUCAAAGCAAUUCGUGCAAGUGAACGUGUCGAUCUUCUUUUUCUUUUGGAUUGUACUGGAUCCAUGGGUGAAUAUAUCUAUCAGGUGAAAAAUGACUUGGUUAAACUACAAGUAGAACUGAAAGCCAACUACAAAAAUCUUGACCUGAAGUUUGGUUUCAUUCGAUACACUGAUUUCGAUGUGGAGAAACCUUACUCUAUAUUAGAUUUCACCAACAGUACUCUUGAUUUUGUAACCUUUGUUGCCUCUAUCAAAGACGAAGGAGGAGAUGACUGUGCAGAGGAUAUGUUUGGUGGAAUGAACCUUAUAAAACUGAUGGGUUGGAGAAAGGAUAGCACUAGAAUUGUCAUUCAUUUGGCUGACGCACCAUGUCAUGGAGAAGAGUACCACGAUAAACCAGACAACUAUCCAGAUGGAGAUCCGAAUGGUAUUACACUUGAUUCGUUGAUGAAAGAUAUCAUUUCUCUCGAUAUCAAUUAUUUCUUUGGUCACAUUAUAAAGCCUGCCACAAGCAAGAUGAUUGAUAUCUUCAACAAACGAUUGGCAAUACUAUCUAAAAAUAUGAAAACAAUCAAUACAUUCGAUUCCAAAGAUAUAUCAACACUCAGCACUCACUUGUUGAAAUCAGUUGAAUCAUCAAUUUCAUCAUCAAGAUCCACUUUAACAAGUCAACUUGUUGAUAAGGAACCUAGAAUACCUAAAGAUUACAUCAUUGUUAAAGAAGUUCCAUAUUUUCCAACACUUCCACUAAUCCCAAUGCAAAGAAUUCAAUUCAAGAUUCCAAACUCUUUAGAUGCUUGCCUGGAUGAAAAAUAUGAAGCUAGUUCAUUUAGUGAAGAAUUCGAGAUCAAAAUGGCACCAUAUCCAUUCUCACAAGGAGGAAAUCGUUUGGCUUACCACGCAGUCGACAAGGAUGGCAACCGUAAAGUGGUAAAACAGUCAAAAUACAAAGGUAGCAGCUACAACUCAAUGAAAAGAUAUUUGGAAGAAAUGGAAUGUCAAACUGUUGCUGCUAAAUUUGCAUUUGAUUUCAAUCACCUCAGAAGUAAACAAGAUAUCAACUUUACAUUCGCCAAAGUAUUAGUUGAUAAAAAUAAUGAUCAACCUCAGUUUUAUUCAGUCGAAAAAUUAAUCGAAGGUGAAUACCAAAAGUUCAACAGUAAUCAUGGAUGGUUAAGAAAAGAUGAAGAUGGAAUGAACGAAAUCAUUCAGACAUUCUCUCAUUGGACAUAUCAAGCAUCCAAAGGUAAAGCAAUGGUUGUCGAUAUCCAAGGUGUCAAAAUUGAUAAAGGUUACUUGUUGACUGAUCCAGCAAUCCAUUGUAUAAAUGUAAGAAGAUUCGGUGCAACCAACUUGGGCAAACCUGGAAUGAUCAAGUUCUUUGAUACUCAUAAAUGCAAUAAGCAUUGUCGUGAACUUAAACUUGUGAAACCUUCAUUCGGCAUUCUAACAAAAACUACAUCUUCAUCUCCCUCUUCACUAAAUUCAAUAUCCUCUAUUAAUUCAACAAAAGUCGACUUUAGUAAUAAUAAUUAA